CCGAAGAAAAAGUAAAAGGAGGAGGUUAAGAAAAAAUGGAAGAGGUUAUUGAUGGCUUAAUAGUUAAACAUGAUUGUCUUACAUGAUUGAUUGAACAGAAAAAGGGAAAGAAGAGAAAAGGAAAAAGGAGUUUAAACAAGGUGGAUCGGUAUUGGCAAAUGCUCCAAUUCGUCAAAGGGAGGGAGGAAUCAAAGGCGUAACCCAACCCUUCCCUUCCCCUUCAUUUGCCUCUGUGCUCUAAGCAUCGCACCAUUCUCCUGCUGCAGCUCCUCACACCAGAUCGCUCUUCCUUUUCCUUUCUCCAAUUCCAACCAUGAACGAUUUCGAUGGCUUAUUCACUUCCGAUUUCGGCCUCAAACCGCAGGGAAAAUCAGCGCCAAUGGCUCCUUCAUCCAAGGGAUCUUCCAAAGCGGCGCCUAUCAACUUCGAUUUCGGAUCGCGAUCCGCCUCCAACUUCGACGAUCUCCUGGCCGGCGCCGGAUCCGACACUCGCCGCGCUGAUUCCCCCUUCGAUUUGGACUCCAUGUACGGCGGACCUCCCGCGCGGUCCGCCAGCUCACCGCCGCCCGUCUACGACAAACCUGUCUAUGACGAUGACAUUUUCGACGGCGUGCCGGGGAUGAAGAGCUCCUCUAAGGUUAAAUUUGAUAAUGUUUUCGCCACCACAGAGAGAGGUGGCUCCGACGCCGUGUUCGACGAUCUUCUCGGCGGGUUUGGGAAGGAACCGAAGAGUUCCGGUGGGAAGAGAUCGGAGAAGGAUGCUAAAGGUGCUUCUGAUUUCGAUGAUUUGCUUGCUGGAUUCGGACACAGGGGGACACCAUCUACUGGAAGGCACACUCCUGAUACCAGUUUCUCCUCAGAACCAACUGCCAGUACGACUAAAACAACCUCCACCAUGGCUGAGGACCCUUUCAAAGUAUUUGAAUCAGCUUCAGCACCAGGGGAUUCAUCCACAGGUCACUUUAUGGACCCAUUGGAAGAAAUCAGUAAAUUUGGUAGUUCUGGAAGCACGAAAAAUGAUAGUUCUUCAACUUCAAAUGGCAGAGUGUAUGAAGAUAUUGAUCCAUUUGAUGGUCUUGGAAAAUCUGUACCAGCUUUCUCAUCAGAUAUAAAUAGCAGGAAGGGUAGCAGUUCCCCAAGCUUGAAUACAAACCCAAGUCGGCCCGGAGAUAAAGAACCCGUUGAUAAGAUAUCUGGGAGGAGUCCUGAGAGAGACACAAAAAGUAAGACUCCUGUUGAAAAUGACAGGGAAUUUCCACAGGCUCCAUUUCAUAUGCCUAGCUAUUCAUCUGAUUCUGAUAAACCAGCUGGCAAAAGGUCUACUUCCCCUCCAUAUAAUAAUGUUGAUUUUAGACAAGCCAAUAUUCAGGCAGAUAAGUAUGAAGAUAACUUGGAACCAAGUGAAGAUAUAUGGCUGACGGUAUCAGAAAUUCCUCUUUUUACACAACCGACUACUGCUCCACCACCUUCAAGACCUCCUCCUCCACGGCCUGUGCAUAUUCCCAAGUCAGGAUCAACUUCAUCAGUAUCUGCCAAUGCUAGAAAGAAGGAUAAUGAUUUUUCUUCUUUUCCCAGUUCUGCACGAUUCUCUCAGGGUUCUAAUUCUGCUCCAGCUUCUGGAAGGGUACCCACUUCAUCUCAGUUUGAUGAACUUGAUGAUUUUGCCAUGGGCAGAAGUCGUGGUAAUGAUAAUGAGGGUGGAAAUGGUCUUCCUGAUGAAGAAUUAGAGAUGAACUCUGCUGCUGCAGCUAUGAAGGAGGCAAUGGAUAGAGCUGAAGCUAAGUUUAGGCAUGCAAAGGAAGUUAGGGAGAGAGAGUACUCAAAGGCUGCUAGAAGCAAAGAAACUGUGCAAAUGGACAGAGAUGAGAGAACUGUGCUUGAGGAAAGAGAAAAACAGGAUAGAUUAGACCGUGAACGGCAGCAAAAGGAGAGGGAGGAAAAGGAACAUAGAAGACUUAUGAAAGAAAAAGAGGAGAAAGAAAGAGAACAACAACGACUGGAGAGGGAAAAGGCAAGACAGGCUGUAGAACGAGCUACCAGAGAAGCACGAGAAAGAGCAGCAGCUGAAGCUCGUCAAAGAGCUGAGAGGGCUGCUGUUGAGAAAGCUAAUGCUGAAGCUCGAGGACGUGCUGAAAGGGCUGCAGUACAAAGGGCACAAGCGGAAGCUCGGGAAAGGGCAGCUGCAUUGGCGAAAGAAAAAGCUGAAAAGGCUGCUGCUGAGGCAAAGGAGAGGGAAGCACAAGAAAGAGCUACAGCUACAAGGGCUGAAGCAGAAGCACGAGUUAAAGCAGAAGCAAGAGCUAAAGCAGAACGUGUCACUGCAGAAAGGGUUGCUGCUGAGGCGCGCGAAAGGGCUGCAGCUGCUGCAAGAAUGAGCCAACAAAAGAAUGAAAAUGAUCUUGAGUCAUUCUUUGGCAUGGGUCGAGCUAGUAGUGCCCCAAGGCCUCCUAGGACUAAUUCUUCAGACUCUGUAUUUGAAUCCCAAUUUCAGACAGAUGCAACGAGGAAAUCUACUAGUGCAUCUACAAGUAUGAAAAAAGCAUCAUCAUCCACUAAUAUUGUUGAUGAUCUUUCCUCAAUUUUUGGAGCUGCUCCAUCUUCUGGAGAGUUCCAGGAAGUUGAAGGGGAAAGUGAAGACAGGCGACGAGCCAGGUUGGAGCGCCACCAGAGGACUCAGGAGCGUGCUGCAAAGGCAUUGGCUGAGAAGAAUCAGAGGGACAUGCAAACUCAAAGAGAACAAGCUGAGAGACAUAGGCUUGGUGAAACACUGGAUUUUGAAAUUAAGCGCUGGGCUGCAGGAAAAGAGGGCAAUUUACGAGCUUUGCUAUCCACCUUACAAUAUGUACUGUGGCCUGAAUGUGGUUGGCAGCCAGUUUCUUUGACUGAUUUGAUUACAGCUGCGGCUGUUAAAAAGGCCUACAGGAAAGCUACGUUGUGUAUCCAUCCUGAUAAAGUGCAGCAGAAGGGUGCCAAUCUACAGCAGAAAUAUGUUGCGGAGAAGGUGUUUGAUCUACUCAAGGAAGCCUGGAAUAAAUUCAACUCAGAGGAGCUUUUCUAGUCUUUGAUGAAUUCAUCCAGUUGAAGGUAAUUGUUCAACGAUUCUGUUCAGAGAGGACCACGGCCUGUUUCAUCUACCUCCUCCCUAAUUGCAUAUUUGUUUUGUUGAAGUUAUAAUGCGGUGAUGGUUAAAUACUACUGCUUCCUUGUCUGGCGUCUCAGGUCUUGGGUUUAAUAGAUGUCCUUCGGGUCGUUGGGUUUCUUCAAAUGUUUAUUAAUGUAGCAUGUUUUGUUGAUGUAAAAUAAUUUUUUGUGCUAUCAAUUUCAUUAUUCAUUAUCCCUGCCUAACGAGGGCUCAUGAGUGGUCCUUAUUUUCCGGGUUCAAGGGAGGAUCCACCCCGAAGUGGGUCCUGGGAAGCCCUCUUUUUAUACGUGUGGUAUAUAUAGUACGAUGUCUUGAAUACGUAUACCAUGGAUUGACACCAAAAGCUGCGAUUAAUACAUGGAUCUUCUUUUAUCA